AUGGCACAUCGUCAUCCUGGGGCGAGGCCCCUCAAACCCCUCGCCCCUCGGGCUCCUGAUCAACUCUACUCCCAGGCCUUCCUUCAGACGUGCGAUGAGCCCCCGACGCGCCCUGCGAGUGACCUCUUGAAAACUCGAGACUCACCAGCCCUGGCGCGACCAGUGCCCAAGCCCUUGCCUACUCUUGCGCCUGCUCCUGCGUCUGACCCUGCGCUUGUAACCCUCUCUUGGGGAGUCCCAGCCUCAGCCUCAGCCUCGACCCUGGUCCCCAACAGCAGGCCCUCUGACGUCUUUCACAGCCCUGCCAGCCAUGUCCCUCAUCCCUCUCGGACCCCUGAUGAGUACCCGACCACGCUCGAGCUGGCCGAGGGUCUCAUCAUGAUGAGGUCGAGCGUCGAGCCGAUGAGCGCCAAACCCUCUCGCAUUCCCUUCGCGCAUCCGUCCACACAGCCACAUGUCGCCCUCAACAGUGGCCUGGCGCCUUUUCCUAUGCCCCGGCCUUUGAACGAAUGCGCCUUUCGGGCCUCCGAUCCAGACCCGGUCGCACUUCCCGCGGCACCUGCACUCCCCGUCGUAUCUGCAGCCGCACCCGCACCUGCACCUGCACCCACUACACCUCUGGAACCUCUGGAGGAUCGGCCCAACCAUCCUCCUGUAUCCACGUCAUCGGAGGAAAAUGCCGGCCGCCACUCAGAUAUCUUCUCGAUGGGCGAGAACAGUGAUACCAUUUCUGACCCUGAUGUCGACUCGGCCGAGAGGACCCUCCAGGGCUCAGCCCCACAGCAUUCCAUGACAUCUGCCCAGCAGGUGCCCCAGCAGGGCGCACCCCCAGUGGAGAUAGCACCCCAGGAGCAGACGUCGACGCCGCCUGUGGUGGACGGCAGACAUGUCUCCCCACGGUGGCCUUACCCUUCUACGAUCAGCAGGGAAGAAUUGGGCCCGGGCGUGGCUGGCAUACCGGUGGACGAUCCCCCAGCAGCGGCUCAGCCCACGUCUUUUAGGCUCUACGAUCCAGCAACACCCAUAUUACCUGAACACGGCACACAGUGCAACUGCCGUGCUGUGCCAGAACCAUUUAUCGCCAUACUAGACGAAGAGCAGCCCGCCGAUGUCAGGAUACUCGCCAAAUAUUACGGGGCCUGCAAGGAGGAUCUUUGUCCGCUGCACCUGGAUGCAUAUGCCAGGCUGAUCACAAGUGCUCUUGGUGAGCCAUCACUGCCGACAAGCGCCACCAUGGCAAGGCCUCUGCCGACAGUCGAGAAGGAGCAAGAUUUAGACGGGAUCGAGGUCGAGCAAAUUCCCACCCUGACAGGGUCUGCAACCAAGUGGACAACGAUUCCUGUGCGGCGACGGGCAACAUCGACACCGGGUAUCUAUGAGUUUGAGCUCGAGUUACCUGCCAAACGACGUCGGACUGCCUGGGAAGACCGCCCGCCGCAGCUGAGCGGAAAGGCACACCACUUGCCACACAGCCACCCACUGGAAUCGCUGGGAAGGGAGCCGCGGUGGGAGCACUUGCCAAGACACAACAAGGCUGGCCGCCCAAUCAUUGACGUCGAGCGCGACGAGAGGUUCCGCCGGCAGGUUAUGUCUGAGCUCGCCGAAAAGUUCACAGACACUAAGGAGGAUGAUUGGCUACGAGGCGAAACGACGAACCGGCUGGUCCACGCUAUUCUUUCCACAUGUCGAUCACCAAAUACAGAUCCGAGCAAGGGCCCUGUCGAUGCAGACCUGUUGAGUGGCGAGGAGGCCCUAGAUGCUAUGGAGCGUGGCACGCAGAGGAUACCAAUCUUCACAGAAGGACAGCAGCAGUUCCAGUGGACUGAUAACGGAGCCCGCCCCAUCGAGCAGCUGUUCCACCGCAUGGAGGACCUCAGCAGAGAGGUCUCUGUUCAGAUCCCAUCUCGCAACUUCGACCUGGCGUCAUUCGAGAAGAGGAGCCUCGCCGACAUCAAGGCGCGCUUCCUCCGCAACUCCCCUUCACAGGACCCCUGGAACAUCUUGGACCUCCGAAGUCCGCUUCCACACUCCAUACUGCCAAGCUUCCUAACCGGGGAGAACUGCCAACUGUUGCCCCGUAUCCGUGAUUCAUUGUUGGAGGGCCAUAGUGCCGAGAGGACGAAAGCCAGCCGGGAAGAUUGGAAUGAGUGGACUGAACUUCUGGAGUGGGUACUGGUGUCGGAAGGUGGCCACAACACAUCGCCGCAUAUGGACAGCCACGGAUGGUCGACCUGGAUUACCAUCCAGGAGGGCGAGUUCGGUUUCGGGUGGCUCUCCCGCCCGACUGAAGAGGAACAGAAUGCGUGGGUCGCCAACCCGCUCAGCUACACAGGUGGCAGGUGGCGCUUUGUGAUUCUUCGGCCUGGGCAGACCGUUUUCUUCCCAACAGGCACCGUUCACUUUGUAUUCAGGCUACAUGCGAAGCAGACUCUAGCGGUUGGCGGACACCUCCUACAGUGGACCGGCCUGGAGCGCUGGGCGCAGAUCAUACUCCUCCAGCUGAAGAACCCUGACACCACCAAUGAAGACCUGGACAUGUCUACCCUCAAGUAUGUCCGCAGCGCGAGCGAGAUGGUCAAUGCCCGCACACUGAGCUCCAGGAUCGAGCCGCUGGGCGGUAUGCCUACUGUUCAAAACUUCAUGGCCUGGGUCACUGAGAUCGAGAGAUGGUACAAACUGGAAGCCGACAAAAACGAGAGGAAAAAGAAGAAGAAGAAACGAAUCAGGUGA